AUGUACGGCACCGUGAGCUCGAGCACCAGCGCCAGCAGCUCGCGCGACGACCUGGCGCCGCCGCCGCCCACGCCGUCGCCCUUCCGCUACAACGUGCAGGAGGGCGACACGCUGGCCGGCAUCGCGCUCAAGACGCAGACGACGGAGGCGGUGCUGCUGGCGCUCAACCCGCUGCUGGGCCGCAAGAAGCGGCACGUCAAGCUCUACCCGGGCCAGCAGCUCAUCGUGGAGGAGGCGCGCGCCGUGUCGCUGCCGCCGCCGCCCGAGUGCAUCGACAACGGCUGGGGACAGAUGCACCUCGUGCGCGCGGGCGAGACGCUGCGCGGCAUCGCGGCGCUCUACAACACGACGGAGGAGAUCCUGCGCCAGGACAACCGCCGCUACUUCCCCACGGGCGAGCGCAGCCUGCUGUGCCCCGGCCAGCUGCUGCACGUGCGCCUCAUGAACACGGGCGAGAUGGAGCGGGACGACCCCGCGCUCGGCGCGGACGCAGACGCCAAGGCCUCGGCGCUCAACGCGCAGCGCGAUGCGGAGGCCACGUACACGGGCACGUCGGCCGCCUUUGCGCGGUACAAGACGCACCUGGUCGCGCCCUCGGACACCUUCGAGUCCAUCUGCAAGGCGUACAGCAUCCCGUACUCGCACUUCCUGCAGAUCAACCGCGGCCGCUACCCCGUGGGCCAGCGCGCCGAGCUCGUGCCAGGCGAACGGGUAAUCGUGCCCGACCUCCUGGCGGCGCAGCAGGCGGCCAGUCGACGCAACAUCGCCGAGGUGAAGCUCACCAAGCAGAUCCACGUGGUCAAGCCCGGCGACACCCCCGAGGAGCUCGCGCGGCGCUACGGCAUGACGUACGACGAAAUGCGCGAGUACAACCGCGCCUACUUCCCGAAGGGAUACCGCGGCGAGAUCCGCCCAGGCUACAAGUUGGUGGUCAAGCGGCCAGUGGAUACGGACAACUCCGACUCCCCUCGGCAGUCGCUGCCGGAGCACAGCGGAUACCGAGACCUCGACGCAGUGUCCAGUGCGUGA